AUGCUCGUCAAUCCACCAGUCACCAUAGUACCCCAGCAGCAGCCGCCGCCGCAGCAGCAGACUCUUGGCGAGGGCUUGAAUCCGAACAGCUCCUCGGGCCAUCUCCAGUCCACUGGCACACUUGCCAACCUCCAAGACCAGCUCCUGGCAAUCUCGCUCCUGGAACAGAUCGACAUCUGGAACUGGGAGGUCUUUGAUUUUCAGGAUGCCACGGGAAGGCCUCUGUUUGCUCUCGGCCACUACCUCUUCACCAAAUCCGAGCUUAUUCGCGAGUUCCAUUUGCCCAACGACCGUUUGAUCAACUUUUUGUCCCGCAUAGAGCAGGGCUACCAUGCCGAUGUCCCAUACCACAACUCGACACAUGCCACCGAUGUCUUGCACGGAGCCAACUGGCUGCUGACGCAGUGCGCCGACAAGUUCGAGCCAACCAGCUUGGAACUCAUGGCACUCUACGUGGCUGCGAUCAUUCACGAUUUCGAGUAUCCUGGAUUGAACAACAACUACCUGAUCGCCACAGCCAACUCAAAAGCCAUCCUCUACAAUGACCGCUCUGUGCUUGAGAACCAUCACGCUGCAGCCGGCUUCGAUGUGCUUCUGCAGCCGGAAUGCAACUUCAUCAGCCACCUACCAAAGGACGACUAUACAGAACUCCGCCAGAUCGUCAUUGAUCUUGUAUUGGCAACAGAUCUUCAACACCACCACUUUUCGGUUAUGAGUAUGUUCAAGAAUAAGGUGAUCGUGACUGGUACAUUUGAUCCCAACACGAGCGAUGAAGACCGUCUGCUUUUGUUCAAGAUGUGCAUCAAAUGCGGAGAUGUAUCCAAUCCAACCAAAAAAUGGAGUAUAUACGAGCACUGGACCAAGCGGAUUCUCACAGAAUUCUUCCGUCAAGGUGACAAUGAGCUGCUCAACGGUCUUCCAAUCUCCCCCUAUUAUGAUCGCGAGAAUAUCUUUGUGCCGGGGUCGCAGCUUGGAUUUAUCGAUUUCAUUUGUGUAAGUGUCGGAUGA